AUGUGGUCCACACCUCUCCUCGCCGUGGCCGCCCUCGCCCUCGGUCCCGUCAACGCCCUCUGGCCGGUCCCCCAGAAGAUUUCCACCGGAGAAAAGGUCCUCUUCAUCGACCAGACCCUCGAGGUUACCUACAAUGGAGAGUCGGUACGCUGGAUCCCCCCCGGUGCCACUGGUGGCCAUGACGCUGUGAUGCAGGAUACUGAGACCUUGUUUAAUAACCAGAUUUCCUAUACUUAUGGGUACUCCCCCAGCUCCGGCUCCGACUUCAGCAGCAAGGAAAUCGUCCAGGCCGGCGUGUCGCGAGCCUUCCAGGCCAUCUUCCAGGACAACUUUGUUCCCUGGAAGCUCCGAGCGCGCAAUUCCGACUUUGAGCCUGACGUCUAUGAGACGAAGACUUUUGUCAAGUCCAUCCAAAUCACCCAGACUGAGAAGGAUGAUGACAGCGCCUUUAAGCCACUUGCUGGCGAAGUAGAUGAGUCGUACUCACUGACCCUGUCUGAAAAUGGCAAGGCCGUCAUCACGGCCAAGUCGUCCGUGGGCUGCCUCCACGCCCUGGAGUCGUUCCUCCAGCUUUUCUUCAAGCACAGCUCUGGCACAUUCUGGUACACCCCGCAUGCCCCCGUGUCUAUCGAGGAUAAGCCCGAGUUCCCCCAUCGUGGCGUCCUGCUCGACGUCGCUCGCUCGUGGUUCGAGGUCGACGACAUCAAGCACACCAUUGACGCCAUGGCGUGGAACAAGAUGAACCGCCUCCAUCUUCACAUUACUGACUCCCAGUCGUGGCCCCUCGAGAUUCCCGCCCUGCCCAAGCUGGCCGAGGAGGGUGCCUACCGCAAGGGUCUGUCAUACUCGCCUGAAGAUCUCAAGGGCAUCUACGAGUACGGUGUCCACCGUGGUGUCGAGGUCGUCAUCGAGAUUGACAUGCCUGGCCACAUCGGUGUCGUCGAGCUCGCGUACAAGGACCUCAUUGUUGCUUACAAUGAGAAGCCCUACCAGUGGUGGUGUGCCGAGCCCCCCUGCGGUGCCUUCCGCAUGAACAGCACCGCCGUGUAUGAUUUCCUCGACAAACUGUUCGAGGAUCUGUUGCCCCGUAUAUCGCCCUACACCGCCUACUUCCACACUGGUGGAGACGAGCUCAACAAGAACGACUCGAUGCUGGAUCCUGAUAUUCUGUCCAACGAUACCGAGGUUCUCACCCCGCUCUUGCAGACCUUCCUCGACUAUGCCCACGGCAAGGUCCGAGACGCCGGUUUGACCCCGCUGGUGUGGGAGGAGAUGGUUACCACCUGGAACAUGACUCUCGGCGACGAUGUCGUUAUCCAGUCGUGGUUGGGCGGAAGCGCCGUCAAGGACCUGGCUGAGGCUGGCCAUAAGGUCAUUGACAGUGACUACAACUUCUGGUACCUUGAUUGUGGCCGUGGUCAGUGGCUCAACUUUGACAACGGCGAAGCUUUCCAAACCUUUUACCCCUUUAACGAUUGGUGUGGCCCCUCUAAGAGCUGGCGUCUCAUCUAUUCCCACGACCCUACCGCCGGGCUGUCCAAGGAGGCGGCGAAGCGGGUGCUCGGCGGCGAGGUGGCGGUCUGGUCCGAGACCAUCGACGCCGUCAACUUGGACUCGCUGGUGUGGCCGCGAGCAAGUGCGGCUGGUGAGGUGCUCUGGUCUGGACGAACAGACUCGGGCGGCCAGAACCGGUCUCAGUACGAUGCCGCGCCGCGGCUGGCGGAGAUGCGCGAGCGCAUGGUUGCGCGAGGCGUGCGCGCUUCGCCGGUGCAGAUGCCGUUCUGCACUCAGGGCGAUGCAGGGGAGUGCGCCUAUACCUUUUCUUAA